UGCAGCCCUGAGAGUGAACUGCUUUGGGGGUGGCUGUUCUUCCUUGUGGAGGAAGUGCCCUUGAAGCCUUUGCCUGGCUGGUGUUCUGCUUUAGACUCUGUGUUAAAUUGCUCUGUGUUUAUUGGUGCUGUUCCUACCCAGCCCGCUCUUCCUGGACACUUCUGGGAUCUGGUGGCAGGACCCACCAUCCCUGGCAGCAGUGGAGGAGUCCUGGGAUGUGGCAGAGAUGGCAGCUCUGCAGAAGGCUGCGGAGGAAGACUUGGACCUGAGCCACCUGGAGGGGAACAGUGUGGAAGAGCUGAGUGUGCAGGACCCAGAGUUGGAGGCCAUCAAAGCCAGAGUGCGGGAGAUGGAGAAAGAGGAUGAGAGGCUGAAGGAGUUGCAGCUGGAAGCUGAGAGCCGCUUCAUCAUGAGCUCAGAGGCAGGUCUGUUCCCAAGGACAACAGAGGAGAAAAUGGAGGUUGACCAGCGAUCCAUCUAUGUGGGCAAUGUGGACUAUGGUGGGACUGCAGAGGAGCUGGAGUCUCACUUCAACAGCUGUGGGCAGAUCAACCGGGUGACCAUCCUCUGUGACAAGUUCUCGGGACACCCCAAAGGGUACGCGUACAUCGAGUUCGAGGAGAAGAGCUCCGUGAAGGCAGCGGUGGAGCUGGAUGAGAGCAUGUUCAGAGGCCGCGUCAUUAAGGUGCUGCCCAAGAGAACCAACAUGCCGGGCAUCAGCAGCACCGACCGCGGGGGCUACCGGGGCCGCUUCUACGCCCGGGGAGGGCUCUGCCAGCGGGGAAGCUAUUACGGAGGGCAGCGCUCACGGGUGCGAGGGAGGACGUACAGGGGUCGGGCAAGACUGUUGCCUUGGUAUUUUCCAUACUGAAAGGAGGACUGGACUACCCUGGUGGUGCCAACAGGACUGAAAUGAAGAGAUGGGAUUGGAGAGAUUUAAAAAAAAAAAAAGAGCCUGCCCAAGCCGAAAAAGAUUAAUUUUAAAAUACCAUCUGCCUGGCUGUGAGGAUUACUCAUGAGGCAAUCAUGUGCUGUGCAGCUGGAGUGCCGAGCUGUUAAAGGGAAGAUGAUCUGUUCUACCUGCACUUCAGCCAGAUCCCUGGCAGCCUCGGGUGGUGGGGGGGAACCUUAGGCUUGCUUAGGAGAUUGCAUUUUUUUUUAUUGAAAACAGUGUCAUUCCUGCCAGGGAGAGCACCCUGAUCUUGGGAAGGGAAGAGCUUUCCCAGACCAUCAGUUUGAUCCUCUUCCCAUAGAGAAGGGCUGUACCUGGGGGUUUGGCCCUCAGAUGUCAGAAAUGCCCUCUGCUCUGGGGAGGGAGGUCUAGCUGGCCCUGUCCUGCUGCUCAGCCUCCAAAGCACCUCUGCUCUGCUCUCCAGGACCUGCUCUGCCAGCUAGUUCUGCAGGAUGUGGAUGCUGACUUCCCAUGCCCAUAAGAUCCUAAAGACCUUUCCAAAGACUGUUUUCUUCCCCCAAAACAAUGGUGAAAGUCUGGGGAUGCAGCUGUAGAUCUGGCUGCUGGUGAGCUUUUCCUUAAUGGCAAAGGCUUUCUCAGUGCUCUGUAUUUCUGACUUUACUCUUGGAAAGAGGAUUGAGUGAGACACCUUUGGGUCUAUUUUUUAGCUUGCUGUUGUCAUUCCAUAUCUAAGAUCUUGCAGAAGGAAAACGCAUCCUUUGUUGCUUCUCUGGAAGCCUCUGUCUGCCGUGGUUGCCCAAGACCUGGUUGUCAGCAACCCCUUUUCUCCCCCCACUUCUAUUCAGAAGCGAAGUUACUGGGAUCAAGGGGUGCAGCUAACAUGUCUUGCUUCAUUUCUAGUGGUAGCAGCAUUUCAAAAUAGCCUCCACUGUGGUGAGUUUGGCUCUGAUCUUUCCUCUUUACUCCUGUCACCAUUCCUGGUCUAGAUCCCUGUCUGGGGAUCAGUGUAACCUCAGCUGAACUAGUGGGUCGGGAUAAAGCACAUGGAAGGAGUCUGAUAGGGAACUUGUGCUGCCUGGCACUUGCCCUUGCUGCUGAUCUUGUCUUUAUGAGCUCUGAAACUGCUCAUUUUUAAAGGAAAAAAAAUUGUGUUAAGAGGUAGGCUGGGAAAACCAGCAAACAGUAGUGUUGUGUUAAAUUCUGCAUUAAAAUAAAUUUUAUUAUGUAAUUCUCGCACUAAUCUUUCAGGAUCCUUGUCUAGGAUUCCUCUAACCCAGAUGCAACAGAUGCAACUACUGACUCCUAAAGCAGCUUUUCACAGCUCAAGGGACACUGCCAGACUAAAACUCCUGCUGUUUUUUUUCUUAGUACCUCGGGGUUUUUUAAAGCUUGGUGCCUUAACUCUUCAUGUGUUGAUUUUGCACUUUCUGCAGCAUGGACCAUGCUGGUGAAGCUGGGCUUGCUUUCUUGAUCCAAGCUACCUCUAGGCUCAAACUGUAAAAUUGCCUUUUUGUAAGACUUUAAACUUCCCAUUAAUAUGCUUUGUAAAUUCUUGAAACUUAAUUUUUUUAACAGAAACUAUUUUUUGAGUGUCUGAAGUACACUAAUGACUUGUGGAAGAGGAAGUGCUGAACUUGUCUGCAAGUGAAAAGAGUAAACACUUUUAUAUGGAAAUGCUUCAGAAUAGCGAUGUACAGCUGUGCCUUGUUUAGAUGGUGGGAGAGGCUCAAACACUUUAAUCUCCCAUUAUUUGACAGGUUGUUGUUGAGUAAAUGUAUUUAAGUUCUGUUUGAGAAGGAAUUGUAAAUGUCACUUAUUUUUAAAAUAAAUGAUCCUGCUGUGUGAACUUCA